AUGGGUAAGGUUCCAACUCCUAGAUGCAUCAUUGUGAGACAUGGUCAAACCGAAUGGUCAAAAUCUGGUCAGUAUACAGGUUUAACGGAUCUGCCAUUGACGGAAUAUGGUGUAGGUCAGAUGCGUAGGACUGCUGCUUCCAUCUUUUCGAACAAGUUCAUCGAUCCAGAUACCAUCACGUAUGUGUUCACUUCUCCUAGAACGAGGGCUAGGCAGACGGUGGAUUUGAUGUUGGAGCCGUUGACAGAGGAACAGAGAUCGAGAAUCCGCAUUGUGGUGGAUGAAGAUCUCAGGGAAUGGGAGUACGGUGAUUACGAGGGACUUCUCACCCAUGAGAUUGUUGCACUCAGAAAAUCUAGAGGGUUGGACCAAGAACGUCCCUGGAAUAUCUGGAGAGACGGUUGCGAAAACGGUGAGACUACACAACAGAUUGGUCUGAGAUUGUCCAGAGCACUUGCCAGGAUUCAGAAUCUGCACAGGGAGCAUCAGGCGAAGGGUAUUGCGUGCGAUAUCAUGGUUUUCGCCCAUGGACACGCUCUGCGUUACUUUGCUGGCUUGUGGUUUAUGCCGUGCGCAGAGAAGGCCUGUGAGACUGCCGAGGAACGGGCUCAACCCAAGACCUAUCACGAUGCAACUGUUCCUUACGUUGCUCUGAACAAGUACAAGUACCUGGAUUAUAACCCGAACUUUCUCUUGGAUGCCGGUGGUAUUGGUGUGCUAUCGUACUCGCAUCACAACAUCGAUGAGCCAGCUCUUGCCCUAGCAGGCGCAUUCGUGUCUCCACCAGAGGAGGAAUCUCAACAUGGCGACGUUAAAUAG